AUGGCAGCUACUCAAACUGCCUUUUCAGAUGCUCCACUUCCUCGACUGGAGUCUGUUGACGCACGGUUGUGCGAUGCUCUUACAAGUGAAGACACCGUCGUUGAUAAAAUCCUCAGGAAAAUGUGGAAGCCUAUUCAAACAUAUACUAUUAGAACCAAUAAGGAACUGGAUGAAGAAACGAUGCCGCUGUGGUAUAUAAUGGACGAGUUUGGAACACGAAUAUCUCAUUCAGAUAAACCAAAUGUUAAAGUUGUUCCUUUAUACUUCAUCCCGCAGGGCGAAGCAUACAGCGUGUUGUUUCUUACAAAGGAAGUGAAAGAUGGAGAAGAGAUUUAUCGAGACUUUGCCGAUAACGCGCUUUGUCGACAACACCCGGAUUGGCGACGUUUUCUUAUGGCACCAUAUUUGGAGGAAGAGCUAAUGAUGGACGAAGCUAUUGCUCGUGAAGCUCCCGACGAGAAUUUCUUUUUGAGUGGUCGAAAAUUGGACACUUUACCAUCUGAAGCAGCUCAGAAUAAGUCAUUGGAAGCCAUAAAGAAUCGCGACCUGUCACGACCACUUCGCAUCUAUGCUGAUGAUCUGCAAAUGUUGGAAAAGUUGUCGGCUGUCAAAUACGAAGAAGUUGCUGACUGGAAAACAGCCGAUGUGAUCUGGUUGAGAAGACAUUUCAGCGAUUUCGAGUAG